AAUUGAACUCCCAUUUCCCUUUCUAAACAAUAUAUUGGCUCGGAGAGAGAGAGAGAGAGAGAGAGAGAGAGAGAGAGAGAGAGAUGGAGUCGGAGAUGCAGAAUGAAUAUGGAUGUGGGGGUGGAGAUGGGGGUGGCUCAGUAUCACCAUCAUCGUCCCCUCCGACGCCACCAUCGCCUCUGCCGGUGAGCGUAGGGCCUGGGCAUCAGAAGUACGUCUUCUCCUCCUCUCCAUCUCCAUCGCCGCCCUUCUCCCCUCAUCCCGAUCGUCGUUGUAAUUCCAGCCCUCACACCUCCGCCGAUAGCUUCCCCCUACUCCUUCACAAUAAGUACUUCUAUGGCGGCGCCACUGCUCCUCCUCCUCCUCCGGCGGCGGCACUCCCUCUUGCGCCUCCCUCCGUCUUCUCCUUAGAUCUUCAACCCACCGAUGUUGAUGAUGAAUCCCAUACCAAAAGCUCCACCUGCCUUAAGGACCUGUUAGAAUGGUUGGUGCAGAGAUGCUGCAGCUGCUGCUCUUGGACAUUCUUCGACUCUUUCCAAUCCCACAAAACAGCAUAGCAAUUAGUCUCCUCAGAAGUUUGGCCGCCAAGUUUUUGGGUGCUGACUUCCACUAACUGUACCUGCUACUGCAAUACAGGCUACCGGCUGAUGCAGACCUGCCAAAGUAGCAUGCGAUGCAACUGACUAAUUGUAUCUCCAAACAUCAUUUACAUCACAAUUUUCAUCCAGGAAGUUCGUUAAUUCUGAAUCUGAUAGGACUUAUCCACCCA